AUGACAGACAAUACUGGCCUUUUGAAGCACAGGGAUUGUUAUGAGGUGUUCAUGUGCAUGGCACAUGAAUUUUGGCAUGUCAAGAUGUUGAAGCAAGCAGGCCACAGUCAUGAUCCCUCUGGCAUCAUUGCCAUGCAGCAGGGUGAAUGUGCAGUUUUAUGCCCAGCAUGCCCCCAGCCAGGGAAGAAUCUUCCUGAUGACUGGGAGCUUGCUCCAAAAGGAAAAAGAUGGUUAUAUGGCCUCUUUCUUGCCAUUGAUGCAAAUUUUUGCCUGAAGAGGCAGAUAGUCUCAAAGGAUGCUGUGGAUCCAAGCUUAUCCCAUGGGUGGGGAUACUUUGUCAAUGAGACUGCAUACAAGACACAUCUGACUGAUCAUGGCAUGGAAGCCCAAGAGAAAAGCAUGUGCACUAGUCAUAAUGCCAUGAAUAUGGCAGAAUCAAAGUCAUCAAAGGGACUGGCAGCCACAGGACUUGGAACCAUCAACUGUGCACAACAUAACAUGAAGCUUCCAAAUGGUGUUGGUGAAGUU